CCUUGUUCAAGUAAUCGCUAGCAAAUAUCGACAUUGGUUUUUUCUUCACACCUGGCUAUUAAUCUCUAUCCCAGGGGCCGUCUAGCCCCGCAAGACCCUUGCACUGCUUACCGGCCGCUUUGAUAUCAAAAUGUCGAGCGACGGCGACCUCUCGGAUGACCCCAAUAUGGUGGUUAUUCCUGUUGAGGAUGAGAAGAGUGAUGGGCAAAAAUCCCUAUGGCCAGUGAACAGCGCAGACUCUCGGUUUACUUACCGGAUUCGUGAUGACGAAUCCUGGCGGAUCGGUCUUGCGGAGAUGUGGGUAGAGAAACAGAUGGGUGCCCGAGAAGAAGGCAUAACCUACAUUCUCCAAAAGCUGCCUGAAGGCUAUGCGCUCAUGGACCGCCCUCGAGGAACUGAUCAUAAGACACGAGACAGCUUUCUGUUUGGGCACCCUAGUGGACGAUACUUUCAGUCUCGUGUGACUUUCUUCGUGCAUUUUUACUGGCUUAUGACCGAUCGUGCUCAACCUUGCGAUUGCAAGCUAUGCGCCAAAGUGCAGACAAGCUCUAAGCCGUUGGGGGAGUUCAAACCCCGAAAGCGGCGCACCAAAGCUGAGAUGGAGGCUGACAGAGCCAAACUAGAGGGCAACGACAAGGCCAUCGUGAAAUUUAGCCAUCGCAAGCUCCCUGGAGAUGAAGAAGGCCCCGAUUAUUGGAAGAUUCAUAUUAUGGACCUUAAAGAGAAAGGCACUCUUGAUGAAGAGAUCAAUCACCCUCUGAAUCUGGACUGGGUUCUCACCCAUGAUGCCCUGAAAGACUACUUCGUCCGUCUCCCCCUACAGCCUGCAUUUGUUCCGCGGCGUGGUGAAACCGUUCUGUGGACGUCCUCUCUGGAAGGCAGACUUCAAUAUAACCCAGAGACUCAAACCGUUGAGAUGCGCGCCGAAGACGGCAAGUGGCUCGGUAUGCCGGACUGGCGUGCUGGUGUUGUUACGCAGGUGUCCGAGGAGGAAUCAAGCUACCUCGAUAUCGUUCAGGAGACCAAAAAGAAGCAACCUAUCUCAUACUCUGGAUUUCGCGUUGAGACACUCCCUGAUCCACUUGCGGACGAUAAGUCCUAUUCGCUGCACUAUAAAUAUGUGCCACUCAAAUGCAUUAAGCCCUUCGGUGCUUUCGAACGCUUCCUGUGGCCGACCCCGCGUGAAAAGCUACAUCCCUCUAUCGAAAACGCGAUGACGACUAUGGCGUCGUACAGUCUGCUGCAUAAGGUCCGCUUCCGUGGAACCUGGCCUAGCGCCCGAAUCGACUGUAAGGGCAUCUUCGUUGGCCCGGAGCUCCUCGCUAUCUCGGAUACGGUGCGCCUAAAGCCUUUCGGUAUGAAAGCUGAAGAUACUGAGGACCACCAAGGCGAGGUGAAAGCAGAUCUCGGCCCUACUGUGACUGAUGUGAUGGUCAUCGAGCAGAUCUGGCUACAGAUGGAUAACUGCAACGCGGAUCCAGAUGACACGCAGCUCGCAAGGAAGAUGGUCCCCUACAUCGCAGGCAAAGUUUAUACUCGCGAUCCGAACCGACUAAAUCGAGUGAUGCCGUUUGACGCGGACCCCUUAGAGAAGCUGACUCCUAAAGAGGUGGAAGAUUCAUUCUCGCAAGGAGGCAUGCGCGUCUACGGUAAAUGGUACCGUGUCGCCGCAGGCAAAAUCUGUGUGGUAUCGCCCGGCAUGAUAUUAGGCCGAUGCUACGAGCCCGAGGCUACCCACCUGCACUACGGCACCUUUGAUCUCGACUACGACCUCCACGGCAUUUUGAGUGGCAGGCGCUACUCAGUGCAAGUCGACGCGCGAAUCCCGCCCGGUCUAGACUUCUUCUGGGGCGAUUCUCGCGUGGAAACCCUCGGCCUUGCUACCAUGAACGGAGUGGAAGUUGGCCCGGCCGCAGAGCAGCGCGAUGACCCUGUGCGAUGGCAGGCGAUCCUUCGCAUCCUGCAGGGUAGCACGUCUGAUAUCGAUGUGCGUCUUGCAGACCUGGGUAUCUCGAAGGGUCCAGGCCGUCCGAAGAAAACGUUCAGUGAGGUCAGGAAGAUGAGCAAGCUUGUUAGUACCGGGCUUGGCGCAGUGACCGAGAACGAAGAUAGUGGAGAAGGACCUGCCGAUGCGGCUGACAGUCCGUCGGAUAUGGAGAUUUCGGACACCAAGCUGGCUGCACCGAUUCCAUUCCGUGAGCCGAGCGAGGGGGCUGAAUAUGUGCCUUGAUUUUCUUUUUUUGGCUUGCUGGUUCUCAUGCUCCGAGAGGAUCUGUUUUUAGCAAAGUGAGGGUGUUAUUACUCUCUUUCUUCUGCUUCUUCGGCGUCGGAGGCGGAGGCGGAGGCGGAGGCACUUGAACCUUUCUAAUGAGUUACGACUCUUCAUGUAUCAUCAUAUUCGAGCAAGGAAUGAAAAUAAUCUGGAAAAUUUGAGUAGUUAUUACCUAGAUAGCUGGUAAUGACUACAUCAAGAAACUAGGUACUGUAGUAUUCAUCC